CAAGUCUUCUCGUUUGAUCCAAUGGCUUCUUCUCCUCCUCCUUCGUUAUUGCUUGGGAUUUUGCUGGUUUAUUCUCUGCUGCUGUCUGGUUCUGCUAAGGUUGUCUCUGCCGGGAACUUUUAUCAGGAUGUUGACAUAACAUGGGGAGAUGGCAGAGGUAAGAUCCUUAACAAUGGCCAAGUUCUUACUCUGUCUCUCGAUAAGGCCUCUGGCUCUGGGUUUCAGUCCAAGAAACAGUUCCUCUAUGGCAAAAUCGACAUGCAAAUCAAGCUCGUGCCUGGGAAUUCAGCUGGCACAGUCACAGCUUAUUACUUACGCUCUGAAGGAUCAUCUUGGGAUGAAAUAGACUUCGAGUUCUUGGGGAACUUAAGUGGUGAUCCUUAUAUAGUUCAUACGAAUGUGUAUACCCAGGGCAAAGGUGACAGAGAGCAACAGUUCUAUCUCUGGUUCGACCCAACUGCAAAUUUUCACACAUACUCCAUUCUUUGGAAUCCUCAACAUGUCGUAUUCUAUGUUGAUGGGAGGCCAAUAAGGGAGUUCAAGAACAUGGAAGGUGUGGGUGUGCCAUAUCCAAAGAACCAGGCUAUGAGAUUGUAUUCGAGUCUGUGGAAUGCAGAUGAUUGGGCUACCAGAGGAGGACUUGUGAAGACAGAUUGGUCCAAAGCUCCUUUCACUGCUUCUUACAGAAACUUCAAGGCGGAUGCUUGUGUGUGGUCUAAUGGCGUUUCUUCCUGCAGUUCAAAUUCUUCGGGUAAUGCCUGGCUAACUCAGCAGCUUGAUGCUAAUGAUCAGAGAAGGCUCAGGUGGGCGAAGAAGAAGCUGAUGAUCUAUAAUUAUUGUACUGACACAAAGCGAUUCCCUCAGGGCCUUCCUCUCGAGUGCACUGUCAAGUCAUAA